AUGUCUUCUCUCUCUCGUCGUGCUUGCUACAAGUGUGGCAAUGUUGGCCACUACGCCGAGGUUUGCUCCUCCGCCGAGCGUCUCUGCUACAACUAUUCCUCUACAGGACACGAAUCCAAUGGCUGCCCCCUUCCCCGCUCUACCGAGGCUAAGCAGUGCUACCACUGCCAGGGACUGGGCCAUGUCCAGGCCGACUGCCCUACCCUCCGCCUGAGCGGCACUGCUACCAGCGGCCGCUGCUACAACUGCGGCCAGCCUGGUCACUUGGCUCGUGCUUGCCCUAACCCCGGAAACCCCGGCAUGGGCCGUGGUGCUCCCAUGGGCCGUGGCGGCUUCGUCGGUGGCUAUGGUCGUGGUGGUUUCGCUAACGGCCCUCGCCCUGCCACUUGCUACAAGUGCGGUGGCCCCAACCACUUUGCCCGCGAUUGCCAGGCUCAGGCCAUGAAGUGCUAUGCUUGUGGCAAGCUCGGCCACAUCUCCAGGGAUUGCACUGCCCCCAACGGCGGCCCCCUGAACACCGCCGGCAAGACUUGCUACCAGUGCGGUGAGGCCGGUCACAUCUCCCGCGACUGCCCUCAGAAGAACCAGAACACCGAGAUCAACAACGAAGUCGUUGACCUCGGCAACGUUCCCGCUCCCUCUGUUGCCCCCAUCGCCCCCGUCGCUUAG